CGACUCGGUGCGUCGAAACCUCUUGAAACUCCUCUUCACAGAAACGAAUAUCAUUGAUACUCUAGUAUAAUCCAACCAAGGACUCUUGAAACCCUUUCAACCCAAGCAACACCACGUCACCAAAAAAAAUGGCCGCCAAGCACACCCUGUACGAUGCCUAUUUCCCUUUGAUUUUCAAGGCCCUCAGUACCGCCGACUAUAUCCUUGACAAGGCCCAGGCACACGCCAAGGAGAACGGUCUCGACCCUGAUGUUGACUACAUCAAUGCGAAGUUGUAUGAGGACAUGUAUCCUCUGGGCAAGCAGAUUCAGACUCUGUCAAGGGUGGUCCAGAGAUCGAUCUUCCACUUGACAGGCCUUGGACCCGGGGACUGGGGUGAAGAGGGGAAGACCUUUGCGGAGCUACACGCCCGCAUACAGAAGACCCGAGACCUAGUAAAGCAGGUCAAGCCGGAACAGAUCAAUGACAGAGAGGAUGAAGAGUUGGAACUGUUCAAGCCUGGUACCCAAGAUAAGGCAACUGUCGGCGACUGGGUGUCAACUUAUCUUACGGCGAACCUGUUCUUCCACACUGUCACUGCCUACAACAUCCUCCGAAUGAAGGGUGUGCCUCUGGGCAAGUUGGACUAUCUUAGCCAAUUCUUAAAUGAGUAAAUUUCGAGCACGGGUUAUUCGUAGUCUGGCACCUCUUGACGAAGUGAGAACGAGGAGGAGGAUCUAGAGAGGUUGCGUCUGUACCCACCUGGAGUCCUUGUAGAGGUUGAGUAGAGAGUGUUGAGUUUAGACUAGGAACAGCUUCUAUACCAAUAGACUGAUACCCACCAAAUCUGUCAUUAGGAGAAAAUCUCACGGUAGAUAUCUUAUGUAACAACACCCCCCCCCCCCCGGUAGCUCAUUUUAUCAGUCAGGACUAACAUCAGUCCCCUUUCAACCUCGUUGCGCUACCGUCCACUGGCUACCCUCGUUCAGUACAUUUGUAUCCCAGUCACAAUUCGUUGGCGUUGUCCUUUCAUCCUCCAUCUCUUUUCUGCCCCAUCAAGACGUGUUGAACCCUAUUACCAGAUAUCAAGCCGAGGUCAUCCUACCUUAUCUUGUCACUUUGUCAUCAUUCUGGCCAUUGCAUAGACCACGUCUGCGGAUAGCCCAUUUCGAGGUUCGCCUCCAAAGCCGCAUCCACGGCGUCCAAAUCAAAGCCUGGAUCAAAAUGUAUGAAAAGAUCAAUAUCUGAAAUGUCGUCCCAUGGCGGCGGCGGCGGCGAAUAGUCGCUUUUCUCAGCCUGCUGUUGGUAUUGGACCGCAGGAGCUUCGUCAACCGUCGUCGGUGUCGGCUCUGUCGGUGUCUGGGCGUUAUUGGUCUCGCCCAAUGUGAAGACAGUCGAGGGAGGGUCCUCGGUUGGAUCCUCACUAUCCAGGCUUGCUGGGCCUGAGCUUAUGUCCUCAUGGCGUUGCACCUCCACCGCUCCGCCCAUCUCACCCUCCUCAGCGCCAGGUCUGUUCUGAACUUCGAGUCUUGUCGCCUGGCGCGGCGUUGUAGCUCUCGUCCCGGCCACCGUACUCCCUGUGGCUGCUGGCCCGUUCGAGUUGGCAAGCCCCUUGGCCGUCUUGUCCAUUUCGUUUAAUAUAGCGAUGCCCAGGCCCGCGUUCAAUCUUGCGUUGGUGUACACCUCGCCCAGCGAAUGCAGCAAACCGACAACCUCUACG